AUGUCAGAAAAAGUUGAGAAAUCAUUAAGCCCAGUCCCGUCCCACGAGGGCUCAAAAGAGGGCCAGGUGCUCGAAGCCCAACAUGAUGCUGUCUUUGGUGAAAUCACCGAUGAAGGCCCUAACUACCGCAGCGUACGAUGGCUGGGCACUGCCGUCUUGAUGAUGAAGACUCAAAUUGGUCUCGGCGUCCUUUCGAUACCUGUCGCAUUCAAUCAUUUAGGAAUAGUUCCCGGUGUGAUCGUUUUAAUGGUCAUCGCUGGUAUCACUACAUGGUCUGACUACAUAAUCGGAGUCUUCAAACUCCGACAUCGCGAAGUCUACGGCAUUGACGACGCGGGUGAGCUGAUCCUCGGCCGCGCUGGAAGGAUUUUCUUUGGAGGAGCCUUUGUUCUCUGGUGGGUCUUCGUUGCCGGCUCGGGCAUGCUGGGUCUCUCCAUCGGUCUCAACGCUGUCUCCGACCACGCCGUUUGCACAGCCGUCUAUGUCGCCAUCGCUGCUAUCUUAGCAUGCAUCCUCGGUAGCAUCCAAACAUUAGGACGUCUCUCUUGGCUCGCCUGGGUUGGUCUUAUUUCUAUCCUAACAUCAAUCCUCAUCGUCACCAUCGCUGUCGGUGUUCAGGAUCGCCCCAGUGCCGCACCCAAAGAUGCCGUCUGGGUUCCCGACUACAAGAUCGUUGGUAACCCCAGCUUCACCGACGCCAUCACCUCCGUUUGUACCAUCGUGUUCGCGUACGCUGGUACUCCCGCCUUCUUCUCCAUUGCGGCAGAGAUGCGCGAGCCCCGCCAUUUCAACCGAUCUCUAUACCUCUGCCAAUCCGUCGUCACUAUCUUCUACCUCGUCAUCGGCAUUGUAAUGUACUACUACUGCGGAUCCUACGUUUCCUCUCCCGCCCUUGGCUCUGCUGGUCCAGUCGUCAAGAAAGUCAGCUAUGGAUUCGCUCUUCCCGGUCUGCUGGUCAGCACUCUACUUUUCAUCCACAUCACCGGAAAAUACGUCUUCGUUCGCAUCCUCCAAGGCUCCCGCCACUUGGCAGCCAACACCUUUACUCAUUGGGCAGUCUGGCUCGGCUGCACCGUCUCCACCGCCAUCGUCGCAUAUGUAAUCGCCAGCGCCAUUCCCGUUUUCAGCGAUCUUGUCUCUCUCGUCGGCGCCCUGCUCGGAACCCCCAUGUGCUUCCAGCCAAUGGGUGGUAUGUGGCUUUAUGACAACUGGCAUAAGGGUCAGGAUGGCCGUCGUACAUCCAAGUGGAUCUUCAUGGUCUGUUGGUGUGUCUUUGUCAUCUUGGCUGGUUGCUUCUUGAUGAUUGCAGGAACCUACGGGUCUGUUGUUACCAUUAUCAAGAGCUACGCUGCCGCUGGAGGCUCGGCUGCCUGGUCUUGCGCCGACAAUUCUGUUUAG